AUGGCCACCUUCAAGAGUUCAACUGAAACAUUUCUCGAGGUCGUCAAGGGCCGCCGCACCAUCUAUCAGCUGAACAAGGACCUCGGGUCUGUUUCAACCUCCCAGAUCCAGGAGCUCGUCAAGCAGUCCACCCUUCACACACCAUCUUCCUUCAACUCACAGUCCAACCGCCUGCUCGUGCUCUUCGGCGCCGAGCACGACAAGCUCUGGGACAUCGUUAGAGAUACUCUCAAGGCUAUUGUGCCCGCAGAGAACUGGCAGUCCACUGCCGACCGAGUCGCUGGCUUCAAGGCCGGUGCGGGUACCAUUCUGUUCUUCGAUGAUAGAACCGCCGUCAAAAAGAUGCAGGACGGCUUUCCCCUGUAUGCCGAUAAGUUCCCAGGCUUUGCCUCCCAAAGUCUGGCCAUGCAGCAAUACAUUCUCUGGGCCACACUUGAGAACGAGGGUCUGGGCGCCAACCUCCAACAUUAUAACCCUCUCAUUGACCAGAAGGUUGCCGCUGAGUGGGGUGUCCCUGAAACUUGGGAGUUGAAUGCACAGCUCGUCUUCGGUGGCCGUGGUGGAGAGGCUGGACCCAAGGAGUUCCAGGCCAUUGAGGAGCGUGUUAAGGUCUUUGGAGCUUGA